AUGACAAGCAAACACCUGGCUAAAUUCUUUGCCAAUAAAUAUCAAGUUAGUGAUCAACAAGAAAAAUCAACAAGAACUAGAAAUCAUCUCGGACCUGAAUCAGGGUUGAUAUUUCAACCAGAGUUUAAUGAUGUAAUCUAUGAAAUUUAUCCAUCAUCUUUUAAUUGGUUCGGAUCAAAGAGACCAAAUGUUUAUCUAUCAAAGAAGAGACAACUUGUUGAAUUUAAUGAUGUCUUUUUAUUCAAUUUUAUUGUUAAGAGUUUGAGGAAAUAUGAAUUUGCUAAUCAUACUAAUCAGUCAUCUGAGGAUUUACAAUUUAUUGAAGGAGUUAAAUUAUUAAUUGAUUCUAAUCCAGUUAAACCAUCACAGAAAAUUAUCAAACUAAUAGAAUUAAUAUUUUAUCAAUGUAAUAGUCAAAUAGCUUUAUUGAAGAGUACACUUCCGAGAAUUACUGAUGCCGAGUUGAAAUGGCAAAUAUUUACAGCCAAAUCAAGCUUGAUUGUCACAUCAUGUUUGACAAUUAUUAAUAUUAUUGCAAAAUGGAGAAUGGGUACAAUCAAUUCAGAAGAUGAAAUCAAAAUUCAAGAGUUUAGAUUCCUUGCUGAAAAUACCAUUAGAGAAAUUAAUACUAUUUCCAAUUCAGAAACUGUAUCACAAUCAUUUAAAUUAGUUCAAAAUAAGAAACAACCAGCUGUCAUUCAAAAAAUUGUUAGAUUUUUAAAGAUUAUCAUGAUAGAAAGAGCUCAUCAAUAUUCAUCAUUCAAUCAAGCCCUUUUCUUCAUUUCAAUUUUUGGUAGUAGAAUAUUCCCAGCAUUGUUUAAAAAGCUCUCUGAGAAAUUUAUUGAAAAACCAGCAACCAAUAUCAAUUCAACAGGUAAGAAAAAGCCAUUGAAGAAAACUCCAAUCACUAUGAAAGAUGCUCAAUUUAUUGGAUUUGUUGUAGGAACAAUGUUUGGAGCUGGAGGAUGUGCCUCUGUUGUUACCACCUGUUUAGAUUACUUGAGAGACAAAUCUUUGGGAAGAAGAUUAGAAGAUACACCACUCAGCUCAAUAUUUGUUUCUAAAAGUAUUUGGAUGACAUUUGGUGCAUUGAUUGGUAUUGCAAUCAAUAUUGCAGCUAGACAGUCUAUUCACAUGGCUGUUGGUAAAAUUAUUCAAUCAUAUUUGAAUAAUCCUCAAUUUAUUAGAAAGAUUGCUGGUAAGCAAAAUGAAUUGAUGGCUAAAAUAAUGGCAAGAACCUUCUCUAACAUGCUCUCUAAGGAGACUUCCAAAAUGUUGUUACCAUCCUUUGAUAAGAAACCAAUUACAACACAAAAGAAGGAUUCAGACAAAUCGUCAGGAUUUGCAACCAUGACCAACGACCCUUUCAUCAAAUCUCUUUUAAAGGAUCAAUUAUCAUUUGUCAAUAAGAAGAACAAAAUUGCUGGAUAUUUAGUUGAUAAUAUUCUAUUGGGAGAAAGCAAUAUUUUAGAAAAACCUCAACAAGUUUUCAGAAAAUUUUCCAAUUUGAAAUCCAAAUAUUACAAUGCUCUGAAUAGAAUUAUUCCAGCAGAAAAUAGCGUAUGGCACUAUUGGAGUACAAUGACUGCUCUCUUCCUCUCGAAUAGAUUCUCCAAACAAGUGGCUGACCAAUCUUUUGAACAACAAGAGUCUCAACUCUAUGAGCUUAAUGCUGAGUUAAGGGAAAUUCUCAGUGCUUUCACGCAAAGAUUUUCAAACAUGGAGAGAACAUCAAAGUUGUAA